AUGCCGCUCGAAAUAUGCGCGGAGUUGGAUCGCGAUGUAGCAGUUUAUCUCGCUGGAGAAACCAUCGUUAUUAAGGUACGAUUUGCUUAGGGAAAAAAUCUUUUUUACUGUUUUCAGGUAACCGUUGAGAAUGUUGCGUCACGAGGAAGAGCAAAAGAACAGUUGGCCUGGGGCAGCGUCCAGUUGACUUGUGGUUCGUUCUUCAGGGCACCAAUACUUUGACAAAACUGAUAGAAACUACAGUUGGCGGCGAUUAUUAGCCUUAGAUAUUGAAAAGGUAGUUUCUGGUCUGUGAGAGAUAAUUGCGGUUGAAUUGUUUCCCCAAUUUUUUUUUCUGCAUCUAGGUUGAACAAUCUCAGAGAAAUUCAUAUAUAUUAUUGGUUCACUUUUUUUUUGGUUCUUCGCGAAUCGCGAUCAGUUGAAUUUUGAUCGAAACAGCUAAUAAAGUAUUUUGGAGGGGUCAUAAAAACGAGUUUGAUGCCGUCUUUGUGCAAAAAGGUUCAGGCUUAUAAUCAGAGUCAGUUAGAACUGAAUAUUGCGAAUCGCCUUUUACACUGACAGGAAAAAUUGUAGAAGUUUGCAGAAAGGACGACAGGAACGGCGACGACUUCAUCGCGCGAGCGGCCGACGACGGCGAUCGCUCGGAGCGCAGCCACCGUCUUCUCUUCCCUUCCUGUUAUUAUUUUUUGCGACGUUCAGCUGUCUCCAGGAGAGAAGCGCGAGUUCAACUGCGAAGUGAGCCUCCCUGCAACAACGAAGAAGAUCUUUUCAAACAAUGCAGAUUCCCAUGUCGCGCAACGGACUGCCUCCGACUUUCCGCGGACAACUUGUUAGAUAUGUGAACCGUAUUGCCGUCGCUGUGCAGCAGCUUCAAGCGCCGAUUCGUUUGUCUUAUCUCCCUGUUCGGUGAUUUUUCCUUUCCUUCUGAUGGAAUUUGUAUUUUCUGCAGAAUAAUCCCUGCCGUAGGUCUGGAAUCAAAACUUUCUGUGCCUUGUAAUCCGUUCCUCGCCGAAUCGAUGAAAAGGGCUACCGUCGCCGAGGUUUUUUACACUUUCUUCGAAAUUAGGUGUUUAAAGCAACAAGAAUAAAAGUUGUAGUUGAACACGUUCCGAGGGCCUUGCGAGAUAUAUCACUGAUAACUUCAAAUAGAUUAUCUUUCUGAGAAUUAAGCUAGUAAAUAAAGUCAUAAAAAAGUAUGAGGUCUUUGAAAAAAUGAUGGAUGAAAAGUUCGUUUCUUUUUCUGAAUGUUUCGACUUUCCCGGACGUCGACCAAGUCCUGUAUUGAGACAUUUUCAUAAGUAUAUCUGAGGUGGUGACAGCGGCGGUGGACGAGAUGACGAUGCCUCGGCGGUCGCAGGCCUUCGCCCUCACCAACGGGAACAGUCGCGUCGCCCUGCUGACCCUGUCCAAAAAGGCGUUCCGCAUGGGAGAGGACGUCUGUGGUCAUUUGGAUUUCGCUGGUAUCUUUAGACUGCAAUAUAUUUUCUCCGGGUCGUACUUAACUCUCUUGAAAACGUAAAUAUAUCAGUCAGAAAAUGUGGUUCUCGGUUGCUUGAGGGAAUAGAGCCCACACGAAAAGUCGGCUCAAAAUAUUUCAUUAUUUUCUUUUUGGUAAUCUCCCACUUCAACUAAAAAAAAUUGUUUUAAAGUUGUUUCAUUUGAAAAGUUCGGCGCCUCUCUGAUAGAAUUUAUAGUCUCGAAUUAUAAAUAUUCAUAGAACAUGAAACAUCUCCCAUACUGAAUACACUAAAUAUGGAACAUUUGAAAAACUCCUAAGAAUUUUGAGAAAAAAAAAAAACAAGCAGACUCCGAUUCUCCAUGUGUACAAUACUCUGUUGGCUUGGAAACCGAGGAAAGCUUGGUCGAGAAUUCAACCGUCGAAGCUGCUCAAAAGUCUUGUCGGGUAAUCAACAAGUUUUUCAUAUGAAAAACUGAGGUGUUCAUUCCAGACGCAUUCGACGACCGUUUCUCAGACAGUCUGUGUUUGUGCCUUCUCUCCGAACUCUACAUUCCGACUGAACGUUCCCUUGAACGCACCAGCUAGUUUUACGACGGAUACUGGUUAGUCUUCGCGCCUGGAAAGGACUGCAAGGAGGGUUUUUUUUUUCGUGAAAACAAGGGGAAGUAAAAAAGACGCCACGAAAAAAAACAUCAAUUUUGAAAGUCUCUGAAAAUAACAAUGAUACAUGUAGUUCAACUGAAAUGGAAGCUGCGAUUCGUCUUCGUAGUCACGGCAAAGGCCUACGAAAUCCGAUGUUCCAGCGGGAACACACAGUCCGCAGCACCUGUCGGUUGGUGCUGGAAUUCCUGUGCUCGGAAGCGAAGACUUAUUCCUUCAGAUGUUCCCAUCGAAUCGUUCUCGUGGACAACCGACGUGGCGGUGUUGCCUUGUUCACCACAGAAUGCCGCCUUACUCGACAGUUCGUUCUGCUCGAAAGUUUCACUUCUUGUAUGA